AAAAACUCUUAAGAUAUUCUAAAGUUGUCUUAUGCGUUGAUUUCAAAUAUUCUACUUAUUGCAAUUCCACCUGAUUCCAUCAUGGGCACCGCGAUUUUAUCGCUAGUACGUGGCUAUGUAGUUUCCGAUUGAAAAAUGGACAUUGGCGCUAGUAUACGAACGAUUUGAUGGUUCUUGUCUCACAAGAAAUGUCGGGGUCGCCCAGAAUCCAAAAUAUUCUAAAAUUCGAUUAAGAGUUCCGUUUCAAAGUUCCAGUAUAGUUAUCAGUUCAUGAUAUCACUAAUCACAUGCGCUUGUGUCGAGUUUAACCUCAAAUUGAAGAGCGAUCUCUUCUGAAGGCAGGUAAAAUUCGUAAAGAAACGACUUGAAUUUCACAAAUCUCAAUCACGAAAAGAUGAAGAGUGCGAUGACAGUAUUCAGAAGUAUACGGACCAGUAAGUUCGCAGUGGCGUUUCGCACAUGCUAUAGGAAAUACUGUACCACAGAGAAUGAUACAACGACGACGACAACACAGAAGAUCCAUCCGUAUAGACGAAUUCAUCCGUGGAAAUCGGAAGAUGAAUUUAUGAAGGAUAUGCUGAAGAACGUUAUUUACAAUUCAGAUGGAAUAAUUGCAAUAAACAAACCAUAUGGCAUACCCUUAUAUUCAAAAAAAAAUAUUAAACCUGCAUUGCAUUUAAAUCACAAGAUUGUAGGAGCAGCAGAUUAUUCUUUAAACGAUGCUUUGCCAUAUCUUGCAGAGAAGUUAGAUGUACCGAUGUUAAUGCCAUUUUAUAUAGCAGAGAAAUAUAUGAGCGGCGUAUGUCUUUUCGGAAUUAAUAAAAAUGUGUGUCGCCAAUUAGAACUGGCAAGAAGACGAACUCAAGGUAAAUACAGUAAAUAUUGGCUAGUCACAACUAGAGUUCCAAACGAGAUCAAAGGAAAACAUCGUUUUGGAAUGAUUUUAGAAACGUCUGCGGCAGGAAGUAAAAAGCCUAUUAUCGUGACUCAGUGGAAAAACAAUGCGGUAAAGAGGAAUGAAGUCAAGAUAAUAAAUGUAGAUUAUAAAGUCAUAAGCAAUUCGACGCAUAAUUUAAGUUCGCUAAUAGAAAUUGUGUCGUCCUCAAGAAAAUGGCAUAUUAUCAGGUUAUUUGCUUCUACUAUGCUAUACAGUCCGCUUCUUGGAGAUAAUAUUCAUGGGUCACGAGUCCAAGAAAUCAUGGGAAUAUGGUUAAAAAUCGAUCCAUUUGCUGAUUCCAAUUAUAAUUUACCAAAAAUAAAUCAACAACUAUUAGAGCUACUAUAUAUAAAACCAAGUCAACAAGAAAUUAUUCCAGUACACAUACAUUUGAAAAGUGUACACUUAAUUGUCAACAAAGACAAAAAACAGAGUCUAGUAAUAGAAGCCCCUUUGAUGGAUCCGUUCGAUUGGACUUGCAAGCAGCUUAAGUUUAAAAUACCUGAUGAAAUCAGGAAUUCCAGUGAUGAAGAUAAUGAAGAAGAGUUAGUUUACAUGAAUACACAUGAUGGCAAUUAACUCAUUACUAUCUCUUGCUAAGUAUUUUGAUUGUAAUAAAAAGGAUUUUAAUUAAAUUGAAAACAUUUAUUUC